CUUGAGGUUUUGCAAACGCAGUUCCUCUUCAGCUGCUGUCGGAGCCUGGCGUGGGGCUGGGAUCGCUGGGUGCUACCCAGGGGCAUAGGGGAUGAACCGGACAUUGGAGAUGGGUGAGCUGUCGAAUGAGGAGCUCCGGGACCUGAUGGGCAACUACACCUAUGAUGACUAUGGCUAUGGCACUGGCUUACCUGACCUGAAUUCGGUGUUCUCCAGCCCCUGCCGGCCGGAGGUAUCGGAGGCCAACAAGUACGUGGUGGCCGUCACCUACUGCCUGGUCUUCCUGCUGAGCGUGGUGGGCAAUGCGCUGGUGGUGCUGGUGGUGUCCUCCAACCGGACCGGGCGCUCGGUCACUGACGUCUACCUGCUGCACCUGGCCGUGGCUGACCUGCUUUUCGCCCUGUCGCUGCCGCUCUGGGCCGUGUAUCGGGCUCACGAGUGGAUCUUCGGGACCUUCAUGUGCAAAGCUGUGUCGGCACUCCAGGAGGUCAACUUCUACAGUGGCAUCCUGCUGCUGGCCUGCAUCAGCGUGGACCGGUACCUGGCCAUUGUGCACGCCACGCGGGCAGCCACGAACAAGCGGCACUGGGUGGUGCCCAUGUGCAUCUCCGUCUGGAUCCUGUCACUGCUGCUCUCGUUGCCCAUGUUCCUCUUCCGCGAGGCUUUCCGGGUGCACAACGGCACCACUGUGUGCUACGAGCAGAUCGGCCAGAACACGGCACGCAUACGUGUGGUGCUGCGCAUCUUGCCCCAGACCUUUGGCUUCAUGCUGCCCUUGCUGAUCAUGCUCUUCUGCUAUGGUGUCACCGUGCACACGCUGUGCCAGACGCGCAAUGCGCAGCGGCAGCGGGCCAUGCGGGUCAUCCUGGCCGUGGUGCUGGUCUUCCUCGUGUGCUGGCUGCCCUACCACCUCACGCUGCUGGCCGACACGCUCAUGCGCCUGGGAUCCCUGAGUGAGACGUGCCAGCGCCGGGGCCAGAUCGACACGGCCCUCUCGGCCACGCAGAUCCUGGGCUUCUCGCACAGCUGCCUCAACCCCGUCAUCUACGCCUUCAUUGGCCACAAGUUCCGUGCCAACUUCUUCAAGAUCCUGGCACAGCGCGGCCUGCUCAGCAAAGAGGCCAUAGCCCAGUACGGCCGUGGCGGCUCCUUGGCCUCCUCGUCUGCCAACACCUCCACCACGCUGUGAGCCCCUGGGCCGCUGGCUGUGGCCUUCUCAGCCGGGCAGCACCCCCUGCCUCCGGCUCCUGGACUCCAGGGACUGGCUUUGGCCGCCCCUGGUUCCCGAUGCCCUCCUGCCUGCUGUGGCCGGGGUCCCUCGUGUCCCUGCCACCUGCUGUGCAGUUCCCCAUGGCCCUGGACUUGGAUGUAUGCCGCUGCAACCCUCCCUCCCCACCCCACUGGGGCUCCAGGGAGAAGUCCCAGGUGGCAUGGGGGAUGCCCACGGUGACCGGGACAGGAGUGCAGCACAGGGUGGAUUCACAGCGACUGCACCCACAGCUUGAAACAUGCAUGUGCAUGGGUGUAGCAGGGUGCACAUGUAUGGGAUGAGCGUGUGUGCACAUGUAUGUGUGUGGAUGGAUGUGGGGUGCGUGUAUGUGUGUAUGUGUGCGCGCUUGUUUGUGGGGGGGCUGCACACAAAUGUGAGUGCACGCGCAUGUAUUGUGCGCAUGUGUCUGUGUCUACGUGGGGGACUUUACGUGGAUGUGAUGGUGCACGUGUGAUCGUGUACAGUGUGUAUAUGGGGCUGUGUACAUGGAUGUGGGGCUGCAUGUGUGCGUGUGUGUGUGCUGGUGUGUGGGGGCUGUAUGUGGAUGUGAGGGUGCAUGCAUGUGUUGUGUGCAUGCGUGUGCAUAUAUGUGGGGGCUGUACAUGGAUGUGGUGCUGUGAGUGUGUGUAUUCUUUGUGUGCAGGUGUAUGCUUGUAUGCAGGGGCCUAUACAUGGAUGUUGGGGGUGUGUGUGUACACAAGUAUUGUGUGAGUGCAUGUGCAUAUAUGUUGAGACUGUACAUGGAUGCAGGGCUGUGUAUGUGCGCAUAUAUUGUGUGUAUAUCUAUGGGGGGCUGUACAUGGACGUGGGGGCGGAUGUGUGUGCAUGUGUUGUGUCCAUGCAUGUGCUUGUAUGUGGGGGGCUGUAUAUAGCAUAUAGAUGCUAGGCUGCUUGUGUACAUCCAUGUGUGUGCUUGUAUGCAGGUGGUGGUCCGUGGCGGUGUGGGGCACAUGCCUGCAUUGUGUCCAUGUGUGUGCAUAGCUGUGGGGGCUGUACAUCGCUGUGGGGCUGUGUGUCUGCACUUGCUGCGUGUGCCUAUACGUGGGGGGAUGGUGGGUGUGUGUGUACACACGAAUAAACAAGCCUUUGCCCGGA